AUGAGAUGCAACUUUGUUCGACCACCGUUGACUGACAAAUCAGUACAACUUAUUCAGUUUCACGAGUUUCUCACAAACAGCACCUUCAGGAGAACUGAAAACCUCGCUGAUUGUAACCACAUAGCCAUGUCUGUGAUCGAGAAAAACUGGCAAACAACAAAACCAACUAUCAGAGAAAGAAGCAAGCACAUGUUCAACAAUGAUCUCUUCAGCGAUGUCAACGAUGAAGUGAACUUGAGCGGAAGUAAUGUGAUGGGAGUAUUGUAUUUGGCGAAGAAAUACAUGGUACCUUCACUGGUUGAUAAAUGUACGGAAUAUCUGCAGGAUAACUUAGAUGCAUCGAAUGUUUUCAGCAUCUUGCCACAAGCUCAGAAUUUUGAAGAGCAAAACCUGGUGGAUCAAUGCUGGGAGCUGAUCGAUAAAGAAACAGAAGAGGCUGUGAAAUCAGAUGGAUUUGCGACAAUUGAGAGAUCCUUACUUGAAGCAGUGGUGGAGCGUGACACUUUGAAUAUUCCGGAGAUAGAGUUGUUCAAAGCGGUGAAUCUGUGGGCGACAAAGACAUGUCAAGAACAAGGCUUAUCGGCAGAUGGUAGUAAAAAAAGGAGAAUCCUUGGAGAACGGAUUGUUAAAGGAAUACGUUUUCCAGUGAUGACUCAGCAUGAAUUUGCUUCUGUAGUUCUUGACUGCAAGAUACUGACCCAAGACGAAGCUUUUAACCUGUUCAAAUAUUUUAAUUCAGUUCCAGACACUCCAGUAGGAUUUCCAGAGACUAAACGAAACGGUUUGAAGGAAUUGUUUGAACGAUGUUGCAGAUUUGGUUCCGUGGAUCACACUGACUCAGGUUAUCAUUAUUCACCUGGUAAAAAAGACGCUCUUCGUUUUGAGGUCAACAAAGACAUUUCCUUGCUCGGAGUAACACUCUGCGGAAGCAAAAAUUGUGAAUAUACUGUAUCUAUUCAGAUAAAGCGUUUGUUUGGUACUGAGUAUCGUGAUCUUUGUUCCCAAACAGGAACAUUUUCCUCUGCGUAUAUCGAGUCAGAUAUAGUUUCUUACUAUGGUUUUAAUGUUUUCUUCGACAGUCCAGUUGACAUAAAGAAAGACGUCAAACAUCGUUUGGAAGCCUACAUUUCUGGCGACGCCAACUCUUGUUUUGGUCAAAAUGGUGAACGUACUGUGGUGUGUUCGGGGGUUAGAUUUUAUUUUAAAAACAGUUUGGACAGUACCAAUGGAACGAAAGUUGAACGAGGACAAUUUCCAGGGUUACUUUUUACUUUAAAAUAAACGGUUAAUUUAAUUGACCUAUUCGAUCUGAGCAGUCAAACACAGGAUGAAAGCACUCUAUUUUAAAAUAUAUCACCCAGGUUCAAUAAAUUUGUUUAUUCAGAAGCUUGCAAUUCAACCUAAAUUUGUAGCACCUAGGGA